AUGGCUCUCAUCAAGAACACAAGAGUGGACAGUUCUGGAAAAAUCACACUAACUCCUAUGGUUAUAUUUCCAGGUUACACGGAUGCACAAGUUGCAAAAAAAUCAGAUUUCAAGGCCCAGAUUCUAAAAAAUGAAGGCACUACAAAGACUGAGAACAGCCAAGAAGAAAACAAGAAAACAUUAAAGAAGAAAAUCUUAUUUACAGAUUCUGAUGAAUCCUUGACCUUAAGGCACAAAACAGAGUCAAAAAGCAAAGCAAAAGGCAUUGAGUUGGAGGACAGUGAGAUAGGUAUGGAGGUUGAGAAAAAGGAAAGUGACACCAGGAUGCUGGGAGAAGAAGACCAAAUAAAGGGGUGUGACAUAGGAAUACCAAUAGGAGAGGAAGCCCAAGGAAAGAGAAGUGAAUCCAGAAUACCACAACAGGAAGCCCAAGUAAAGAUGAAUGACACUGGGAUACCACAGGGACAGGGGUUUCAAAUAAAGCAGAGUGAGUUAAGAACACAAGAAGGACAGGGGUCUCAAGUAGAGAAGAGUGAGUCCAAAAUACCACAAGAGCAGGAGUCUCAAGUAGAGAAGAGUGAGCCUGAAAUACCACAAACACAGGGCUCCCAAAUAGAGAAGAGUGACACCAGAAUACCACAAAGACAGGAGUCCCAAGUAAAGAAGAGUGAGUCUAGAAUGCCACAAGCACAAGGGUCCCAAGUAAAAAAAGAGAGUUCUGAGAAUAAAGGAAAGCAGGACAAAGACAAAGGAGAUGCAAGGAAGAAGAAAGAUACAGGAGAAAAUGAUACUAUGAAGAAAAGUGAUGAAGGAAAGCACAAAGUUAAAGGAAAGAAAGAAUUAGAAGUCAAGGGUAAAAAAACAGAAGGUCCAGUAAGGGGCAAAGUCAACUGAUUAUUAUGAUUCCCAUCCUCCAAAUACAAGUCAUAACCCAGUUAUUGCCUAAAUGGAUCAUAAUUACAGAAUCCCUUUAAUUUAUACAUCCACAGAGUGUCUACUGUAGUUCUUUCACCAUUUUUAGUCCUCUC